GACAGCGAAGGUACAAUAAGAUUAGAAUUUUGGAUUAUUGGCUUAAACAUAUUUUUACAUGGGAGUUUUAUUGAAAAAAUGGAAUUUUGUUUUAAAGUAUACGAUUUAAACAACGAUGGUUUCAUAACUAAAGAUGAAAUAUAUCAAUUGUUAAAGAAUUGUUUAAUAAAACAACGAUCCGAAGAAGAUUCUGAAGACGGAGUAAGAGAUCUUUCAGAAAUGAUUUUAAAAAAGCUGGACGUCGAUCACGAUGGUAAAGUUUCGUUACUUGAUUAUGUAACUUCUGUUCAAGAGGAACCGUUAUUAUUAGAAGUCUUUGACAAAGGUUCUACUCAUAGAGUUGAAUAAAUUACCACGUCCAUUUUAUGCUCGAUUGAUUAUCGAAUAAGUAUAAGAGGCAGCUUUAUGAUAUAAGCUUUGUAGAAGUUUCGCUUCAUUGAACGUCGACACUGUGACGUUUUUGAAACUCAACCAUGCGGCACUGGCUAGCUUUUCUUGCGUUAUUCAUCGCUACGCCUUUACAAG